CGCUGGUACUAAGGGUAGAUAUUGCCGAUCUCCCACUAUGAUCGCGGUAGACCUACUCUACUCUGUUCUGCUCUACUCUACUCUGCUCUACUCUGCUCUCUCUACGACGCAGUAACUAACCUUGCCGGCCCAGCAGUGUGCCAUCCAUCCAUACACCGCAAGAUUCCUUCCGAGCCUGUUGAUUUUCUGUGGUUGUUUCCCGCCGCUGGCUUUUGCCCCUCGACUAUUGGUAGAUCAGUAGACCAUGUUCUUCGCGUACGACACUUCGUUCACGGGCCCAUACCCGGUGGAAACGGUCGGCAGCCGACGGGAACGCAAGGCUAAGGAACGGGAAGGCUCCAUAAGUUCCCAAAGCUCGAGCGAACGCACCUCAUCGUCGCGCCCGGCAUCGCAGAGUUCUGCGACUAGAUCUUCGACGUCGACGUCCGAACGGAGCAGCUCGGCGUUCGGCGGCUUCUUCCAUAGGAAAUCGGCCAAGAAGGAUGCCGCCGCCGCCGCGAAACUGAGCAUUCCUACGCCUCCUACUCCGUCGAGGAGCCCUAGUAUCGCGACGGACGAUAGUGGGCCAGCGGUGAUCGGUGGUAGCAGGAAUGGAAGGGCCUCUCCUUUGACGUUCACACCGCCCGAGUCCGAGUCUGCACGGGCCGUUCAUGACGAUGUGCACUCGAAUCGAUAUCGAGGUGGUAGCAUGCCGCCGACGCCGACGACGACGACAGCAUCCAUCACCAAGAACUUCGAGAGAUUAAGCGUAAGAGAGACCUCAUACGAGAGCUUAAGCAGCUUGCAACCUCGAUCCCCACGGGUACCAGCGGAAUGGAACGACAAAAAUUACGAGGAAGACUACUGCGAGGACAGCAUAUUGGACCUCUUCCCGUUAACUCCCGACUCCUCCACCUUCGGGGCCCCAUCAAACAAAACCCCCUGGACCGAGCGCAACAGCAGUAAACAAUCGCGGCCGAAAGCACCACCGAAGGAUACCGGUCCCCUUUCGCCAGACAGCAGCACAGGCAAUUUCCCAGCCGACGACCGAUUCCGUCCCGGCGGUUUAGCAACUAUCAUCGACUCCGAAGAUGGGGACUGCGGUCACGGUCCUCUUCCGGCGCUGCCGUCUUCCCCGCAGCCGAACUCGCCGUUCCAGAUGGCACUGGCAAGGAUGGAGAAGGGGGGGUUGAAGAUCAUGUUGAAGCGGUUAAGCGAGGAUUGGAGCGAGGACUUUGGCAAUAACGCCGAGGGUCUGGAGGAGGCGCUGUUCGAGCAGAAGCUGUGGGCGCUGAUGGCCAGGCAGUGGUUGACGCAGGGAAAGCAGCUGCAGUGUCCUGCGCACGAGAUGCUCGUGGCCUCGAGGUUGGAGGACUCAAGGACGAUCCUGAAUCUUCACGAUUCCAUCGCGGACGGAUGGGUUCUCGCCGCCAAAUACCCCACCAGUACAGUCUACACCCUCAGCACGACCAAUACCAAUCGGAACUCCCAGACCACCCAUCAAAGCUACAGCUGGCCGGCGCCAACAAACCACUGCACAUCUCACAUCCCCGCCGGCGACGAUUUCUUCCCCUUCCCCGACAAUUACUUCGACGUGAUCACAUCACGCGCCUUCUCGACCACCGUAAAAUCCAAAUCCUGGCUCUCCGUUCUGCAAGAAUGCCACCGCUGCCUGAAGCCCGGCGGCUGGCUCGAGAUCCAAUCACUCGACGCGCUGCCGAGCCGGCCCGGCGAGCUCCUCACCGCGUGGGCCGAGGCGCGACUCCUCAAUUCCAUCGACGAAUGCGGCCUCGUCGCACGCCCGUCAAAGAAGCUGCUGGACUACCUGGACAUCGCCGGGUUCGGCGACAUCAAGUCGUGUCGGAUCGCGCUGCCGGUGGUGGCGAAGAGCAGUGUUUCAGCCGAGCAGAUGGAUGCCGUCAAGGUCAUGGUGCAGGCGGGACGACACUACUAUUCAGAGCUCUACGCGGAGUUUUUGAGGAGUGGCGUGCCCUGGUGGUGGAAUAAUAAGACUAUACGACAGGAGUGUGAGAAGGAGGGAACGAUGUUUGGGUUCAUGAUUUCGUUUGGGCAGAAGGAGUAGCAAGCGGGGGAAGUCGGAGUUAGGAUAUUGACGAUUUGGGCUGGGGCUUUUUUUGGAGUGUGGCGUUUCUGUUUCUGUUUCUGUUUCUGUUUGUGUUUGGGUUUGGACUGGAGAGUCGUGUGUAUUAUGUAGGUAGUAUGGGGUUGUAUCACUCACUCACUCCAUUUGGGUGGACGAGUUUGUAAGUAGGCAAUGCUUUCAUGAAUACAUUGGAA